AUGUUCUCUUUGAUUACUGUCAUUUCUAUAACCAUACCUUGGAACCAUGGCGCUUUUGACGGACACGAUGUUACUGGACACUUGGCCGUGACCGUGGGCCUAGGUGUCUUUUUUGUGUGCUUGGCGGGAGGGACAGGAUUGAGCGCUGUACUUUUGACAUCGGCAAACCUCACCACCAUCGAUAAUGCAGUCGGUAAGAAGAAAGUGUGGCAGUUGGCCGUAAGAAUCGACGACGGUAUCAUGGCAGAGGAAAAAGCCAUCGCGGCAGCUUUUUCCGGUAUCAGGGCCUUUGCUACCAGAAUGCAUACAUAUGCUAUCGUGCAGACGUCCCCGGGCGCAAACCCUUAUGACUCUGGAAUGAUGCAAAAUUGGAAACAAGUUAUGGGGCCGAGGUGGUGGGAGUGGGUUUUGCCUUUCAACUUGCAGCGAGAAGACGGACAGAGUAGGACGACAGAAAUCACUCCUGCUGUUGCUGCAGCACUCGAGGAAGCAGGCUCACAAGAUAUGGACCUGGUCAUGAAGGAGAGGUGGAGCAAGAUGCGACUAAGACAACGUGGAUUUUGGCAAUUGUUGGCUGCUGCGGGAGCGCCGUUGAAGACUUUUGCUACUUGGAAUCAGGCCAGAAAGGAGGGCAUCUGA